CCCCCCUUGAAUAAUAUUCUUUCCGACCCUGUAGAUUUGGAUUCCCGGAUUCCGAAAACAUUUAGUCUACUUUUACAAAAUUCAGCUGUAUUCUUGAAAUAGUCUGUCCGACCGAAAAAAAUCAAAAUCAAUAAAGACCGUCAUAGUUUUAUCAUGCAUUCAUCGUUAGUCUAUACGUACAUGUUUAGACCAAUACAAAACUGUGCAUAAGACCAGUGUACUGUCACCAUUGCAUUACUACUUCGGUUUCAAGAAAACACGAACCGUUCCUUGAAUCUUCAAUGGUAGAUAAUCAUCAAGACUCAAAAAUCUGCAGUGUGACAAAUCAUAAAUUCAUAUAUAAAUUAUACUCGUCAUUUUUAUAGCAUUAAUCAGUCAACUUUGGUUACAAAAAUGACUGACUUUUCAUGAUUUCAUAACUAUCAGUUUUUCAAACAUACUCAAAAAUUGCUUUUUUUUCAUUUAGGUUGUAGCACCUGAAUAUAAGUUUAAUUGUCAAUGUUCGUGCGGUGACGAUAGUGGUGAUAUAAAACAAUCAAUUAAAUUUAGUUUAACAGGUUCUCCAAAUAUACAGUUAACAUGUAAUGAUCCUGAUCUAUCUAAUCCAACAUCUAGUGACUCAGAACUAAAAUAA